AUGCACCGCGCGUCCCGCGCGUCGUCCAUCGACGACGACACCGCGCAAACGCUCGGGCUGCUGCAAGGACAGUUGCGCGCGCAGGCGCGAGAAAUCAGUCGACUGCAGCGCGAGGUUGUCGAUUUGCACCGCGAGCGCGACGUGCUGGCGGGUAAGGUGCUGAAACCUUUGAACGAGCGCUUCGGAGAUUGCGUCAAGGACUUGAUUCGCGAGACGACGUGGUUCAAGCUGAAGGCGGUGGAGGAGACGAUCGAUGUGAACACGUACGAGAGCACGACGCGGGCGGCGUUUGACUUGGCGGGGGCGAGGAGCAUGAUGGAGGCGAGAUUUCCCGAUUUGAAGAGCGCGAAGAUCACGACGCGAGAGGAUAUCGGGGCGUUUGGGAUUGAGUUCAAAUCGCGACCGUUCAAGGGAGAGUUGAUGCAGUUCAAGGCGAGAUUGAACUUGGAAAAAUUACUCAACGUGGCCAAGGCGCCGACGCUGGCGCUCGCGCCGUCGCCGCCGUUUCCUUGGAACGGUAAGACGAAGUGGAAUCCGGCGUUGGAAUCGAAGAUGGACAUCGAUGGGGUGUCGAUUAACGCCAAGUACACCAUGGUGCACGACUCGGUGAGCAUGGACCAUUUGGACUUUGACGUCAGCACGACGCACGAGGAGUACGGCGACUUGCGCGUGCAGAGAGUCAGUCAGCACACCGCGGCGGACGAUCAGCUCGACAUCAAACCGGGAGGGUGCUGGCGCGCGGGCUGGGCGCAGCGUAAGGGUGAUUUUGAUUUAGCGGCAAACUUCAUGACGGAUAAAGGGGUAGAGUUGGAGUUGAGCGCCCGACGGCAGUUCGCCAAGCACUUUAGCGCCAAGGCGCUGACCCGCGUCGCCGCUCGCGAGAUGGAAUUCCAAGUCGGCUACGAGUUCACGGAAGAGCUCAAGGGAUGGGAAGUCGUGGCUAAAUCCGUGCUCACUACGCAAGGUUUGCAAAACCCGACAUUCCAACUUAACCACGCGUGGGAGUUUUAA